AUGUCUUCUUCUUACCAUGAAAUGAUUCCUUUUGAUCAUCAUCACCAGCUGCAACAUCAUCACCAAUUGCAUCAUCUACGACUACAUCAUCACCAACUACGUCACCAACAAUCAUUAAUUGAUCCGAUUUUAUUGUCAGAUUCAUCUUCCGUAAAUAUACAAAAACCAUCUUCAUCCACUAACACAACCACUAUGAUAAAUGAUAAUAAUAAUAUCGUCAAUAUUAAAAGUAAAGAAAAAGAUGGGAGUCAUCCAAUCGCUUCAAUAGAUUCAUUAAUGAUAAAUCGGUCGUUUAAUAGUGGUGAAAGAUGUACUGCUAAUAACAAUCGUAGUAAUGAUAGAGAAAUUGAUGAUUUUAAAAAAGAGAGGGAUAAUGAUCAUAGAGUUGCAGAGGAUAAGAUUAAUUAUUUUUCUCCACAAAACCAAUAUGAAAAAGUAAAAAGACAAUUAUUCGAGGAAAAUAACAAUACGCAAAUGUUAGAAAAUGAGUUUGAUGUAACCAAUUACUACAAAAGCAAGACCAAUGAACUAGAGCAAAAAUGUCUUCAGAUACUGAAAUCCUUACAACAAAGGUAUGACAAUCUACCAGUUGAAUCAAAUAAUGAUAAUAAUAGUAACAUACUUACAGCUGAAGUUACAAAAUAG